AUGUCGGUACACUUCGAGGAGAGAAGCGGGGUCGUCCCAUGCAAGACACCAUGGGGUUCUUGGUACCAAACCAUGGAAGAGGUCUUCAUCGAAGUCAACGUGCCUCUUGGGACUACUGCUAAAGAGAUCAAGUGCCAUUUGGGAACCAGAGACAUCGAGCUGCAUGUUAAAGGGAAGGAAGUCUUCAAGGGAAAGUUGUUUGACACAACUGUGUCUGACGAGGCUACAUGGACACUGGAGGAUAAAUGUCUCAUCCGGAUCAUUUUGAUGAAGACCAACAGAGAAGCAGGGAACUGCUGGUCCUCGCUCUUGGAGGGGGAGUACUGUGCCAAUGCUUGGGUCCAGGACCAGAUGCAGAGAAAACUCACCCUGGAGAGGUUCCAGCGAGAGAACCCUGGGUUUGACUUCAGUGGUGCAGAGAUCUCUGGGAACUUUGCUGGUGGAGGUCCUGACUUCUCCAGCUUACAGAAGUGACUACCACCAUGAUGCUGAAACUUGGUACAUGCUGGAAGUAUUACUACUGCCUCUCUCCUGUGGGACACAAGAGGAGUUAAUUUACCAGGUCUUCACAGCCAGGAUGAAGAUGUGGCGUUGGAAAGCCUGACAUUUACCUUUAUUUAAAACUAUUAUUUUCACAGCAACUCCGUUUGUUGGAUUAUCUCUGCCACAUAGGACUUGUUUUGUUCAAGCCUGGUUUGGUAAGUUAUGAGGCUCAUAACACAAUAAUGUGAGAGGAACUGCUCUUUCUGUGUGGAAGAAGUCUCUGGGAUGUGCUGUCUUUUGAUAAUGAAAAUGUACACAAUUAUAGCUUUUCAAUAAAAUUUUAUUGAAAGGUACAAGUACAUAGCUUCAUCAGAUGGUGUAUGUAUUCCAUUGACCAUUUUCAACUUGAGAACACAUUCUGCAACUAACAAAAUGUACUACAAAGGGAAACUGGUAAAGCAAUACUAAUCCCAACUCAUAUUUCCACUGCAACAGCCACUUUUAAGUGUUCUCUGCAUAACAACUUAAAUCAAAAUUAUAUGGUGGCUUAGUUUGUCAAGACUUUAAUCGGUGACAUCUCGUCUGUAACUGCUGAUGACGUUUCAGUUCGGUGGUGUUAGCCACACAACUGGAUCAUCACUACCUCACAUCACUGGUCAAAACCAGAGCUCCCUCGCCAUCUCAAAAGAAAAAAAAAUCAUCACCUUGGGUAGGAGUGUGCAUUCAGGACAGUUUAGCAACCUAGGGUGGGAGUGAAGGAUUUUGGG